AGAGAGAGAGAGAGAGAGAGAGUGCGUGCGUGUGUGCGGCGAGAGCAGAGAAUUGGGAGAGAGAGAUAAGGGGAAAACUGCAAAUUGGGUGCCCAGGCUUCCCAGUGCGCACAGAUCUCUCGUCGGCUGCACCGUCCGACCAGCUCUCCGCUCUGCAGGAUGAGUUCGUUCAGUACGAGGGCUCUGACGCUGCUCUCGUCGGUUUUCGGGGCCUGUGGUUUGCUGUUGGUCGGCGUCGCUGUGUCGACAGACUACUGGCUGCUGAUGGAGGAGGGAAUUAUCCUGCAGCAGAACCAGACCCAGGAGGUCAAGAUGGCGCUGCACUCCGGCCUCUGGAGGGUCUGCUUCGUGGCCGGACCAGAGAAGGGCAGAUGUGUGGCGUCGGAGUAUUUCACCGAGCCAGAGAUAGAGAUCACAACAGAAAAUACAGCCAACAUACUCAAAAUGGUCCGAACUGCCACUCCCUUCCCCAUGGUCUCCCUGCUCUUCGUCUUCACCGCCUUUGUCAUCAGCAACAUUGGACACAUCCGGCCGCAGCGCACCAUCCUCGCCUUCGUUUCCGGAAUAUUCUUCAUACUGUCAGGUCUCAGCCUGGUGGUUGGUCUGGUUUUGUAUAUCUCCAGCAUUAAUGACGAGGUGAUGAACCGACCUAGAGAGCCUGAGGCGUUCUUCCACUACCGCUACGGCUGGUCCUUCGCGUUCGCUGCCUCCUCCUUCCUGCUGAAAGAGGGUGCGGGAGUGAUGUCCGUCUACCUGUUCAUGAAGCGUUACGCUGAGGAGGAGCUGUACCGGCCUCAUCCCGCCCUCUACCGCCCCCGCAUGUCCGAAUGCAGCGACUACAGCGGCCAGUUCCUCCACCCAGACUCCUGGCCUCCGCCGAAGCGGGGCCGCAGCGCCUCCGACGUCUCCUCCGACAUCUCCAUCCAGCUCAACCAGACGCCGCCUUCGCAGGCACAGCCCAAGGGGGGCAGCAGCUCCCAGCAGACGCCCUCCUCCUCUGGUCCUUCAUCGGCGGCCAGCUACCAGCUCCAGCCGGCCUCCUCCUCCUCCACCUCCUCCUCUUACCCACACCCUCUCCACCUGGCCGCCACAUCCACCCUACCCAGAGCAUCCCAUGCCCACGGCCACCCUCAGCCCCACAGCCACCCUCAGCCGCACCCCCACCCGAGCGGGCCCCCGCCCCAGUCCCUGCCCAUGGGGGUGCCACCCUCAGCCGUGCCUCCUCCUCGCUAUCACGCACACAUGCGAAUGAGCGCCUCGCCAUGCUAAGCUACAUAUGCAGAGAAAGGGAGGGAAUACACAUCUGGAGAGGGGGGGGGGGAUUAGAUUGGCUCUGUUACAGCUCUUACACACCACAAGACAACACACACACACACAAACACAAAUCCUGUAUCCUCGAAGCGCGUGGGAGGAGGGACGCAGCAGAGUGGAUGAAGGAGGGAGGUUUAAGGAGAUCAAAAAGAGGAGAGAGGAGGAAAGAAAAGAGGGGAGGACGGGAGGAGAAGCAGGUGGGCGGAGGGAUGACUCACUGCUGAUGCCGAGCCCAAGACGAAGACAGACACUUAAAACUUUUAACACGCUGGGAGGAAACACGGGAGGGGAGGAGAGAGGGAUGAGAUUAGUAGCAACAAGACGUUUGUGGGGUUUCUGACGGGUACAUACAUCAUCAGGGCCGUGACACACAGGCAACAGGGAGAAGCAGCACAGGAAACAGGAAGCUGAAUCAUUUCCAAAACUGUUCCAUUCACAAAAAGAACAAAAGAGUAUAUCUGGCUAUACAAGUAUUAUCCUGUCAUCAAACAAGGACUGAGACUGAGUACCUAAUACCUGUUUUAAAAAGACUGAGAUUUAAAAAAAAAAAA